AUGGCAAUUCUGCAGGAGCAAAAUGAGGCAUUGGCCUUGAAGCGGAAGCAAGCAAAGAAAAAGGAGAAAAUACGGAGAAGUCGGCCAAAAUCUCGCAACCAGUUUAGUUUGGAAAUGUUGGGGUUGGUAGAGACAAAGAAGGAAUUGGUGACUAAGUUUGAUGUUAUGCGCCUUUGGGGUAGAGAUGGAGCUAGUUGGGAGUAUGUAAGUUCGGCUGUGGUGUCUGGAGGACCACAUGUGAGAUCUGAAAAGAUAGCACUAUGGGAAGAGCUGAGCUAUAUUGCAGGGUUGUGUCAGGUACCAUUCUGUUUCUUGGGUGAUUUUAAUGAAAUUAUACAUUUGGAAGAAAGGAAAGAUGCAACUUCCUUAUCAGCGUCGGCGGAGGAUUUUAGAGCAUGGAUAAAUGAUAUGGAGCUGGUUGACCUGCCAUUAAAUGAUCGGAGAUACACAUGGUUUAGGGGGAGUUCUUGCAGUCGAAUUGAUAGGACCCUUGUUACCUUGGGGUGGUUAGAGAUGUAUCCGGGGACACGAUUGAGAGGAGGUCCUAGUGGUCUAUCCGAUCACUGUCCAUUGAUUAUGGAAGAGAGCAGAAAGUUUGAUGGCCCAAGACCAUUUCGGAGUCUGGACUCGUGGUUCACGCAUGAAGGCUUUCUAAGAAUGGUGAAGGACGAGUGGAGGGAAUUAGGUGAUGUACAAUUCCUAGCCAAGAUGAAAGGGCUGUCAAUUCCGAUUCAGAGAUGGCAUAAGCAGCACUUUGGGAGUAUAGCUGAGAAGAUAAAGAAGUUAGAAGAAGAGAUCAAGAAGGUGGAUGAUAUGGUGAGUAGUGGUUUGUAUGAUGGUACAAUGGAGCCAAGGAGAAAGGCGUUAGUGAGAUGCUGUGAGAAGUGGUAUGUAAGACAGGAUGUCCACUAG